AUGUCGCCAAAUGGCCCCAAGAAUCCCUCUUGGAACGACCAAUUCAAGAGCACGAACCAGCGUGACUUCAAGGUUCAACUUGUCAUCUCAGUCGUCUUCGGCUUGAGCGCAUUCCUGUCCUUCUGUAUACUCCGACCAAAAUGGACCAGCCUAUAUCAUGCCCGAAAGAAGCAGUCUGGCGCUGCCUCAAGGUUACCCGAACUGCCGAAUACCCUGUUUGGAUGGAUUCCAGUCCUAUACAGCAUCUCGCGCGAAGAAGUUUUGGCGUCUGCAGGCCUUGAUGCAUUUGCCUUCCUUACCUUCUUUCGCUAUGCGAUCAAAUACCUCUCGGUUACGUUGUUCUUCUCUCUUACGAUAAUUCUACCGGUGAACUGGAAAUUUACCGGGCAGCCGCCAUUAUUCUACCCUCCGAUCAAUGGGACCGACCCUGACAACGGACUUGAUAUCUUCUUCGACGACAAGUCCAAGAAGCCCAAAAGCCCUACGCUGGAGAAAGACAACAGCUAUCUGUGGAUGUACGUUGUCUUCGCUUACUUCUUCACCUUCGUAGCGAUAUAUCUCCUCAUCGUCGAGACGGCCGCCCUCAUUCGCAUCCGACAGGCUUAUCUCGGUAGUCAAUCCACCAUUACCGACAGGACCCUCCGCUUGUCGGGAAUUCCUGAGGAGAUGAGAUCUGAAGAAGCAAUAAAAGCUUUCAUCGAAGGCUUAGAGAUUGGGAAAGUGGACAGUGUCAUGCUUUGCAAAAAUUGGCGAACGCUCGAUAACCUGAUGUCGAAGCGCAUGGCAUGCUUGAGGAAACUUGAAGAGGCAUGGGCUGCACACCUGGGCCAUCAACAUGCAUUCCGCCAACCUCGUGGCCGCAAUCGACGAGCUAACCCACUUGGAGACGAUCGAGAAAACGGUGCUCUACUUUCGAGAUCUGAGAUUGAGGAGGUGCAUGCCACAGCCGCGGAUCGGCCUCGUCCCACCAUCACCUUACGCUAUGGAUUCCUGAAUAUGUACACCAAGAAGAUUGACGCAAUCGACUAUUGGGAGGAAAAGUUAAGGAUGCUAGACGAAAGGAUUCACACUCUAAGGGAGGCCGACUUCAAGCCAACACCGCUUGCAUUUGUCACAAUGGAAUCUACGGCGUCCUGUCAAAUGGCUGUUCAGGCAAUACUCGACCCCAUCCCAGGCCAACUCCUGGCUAGCCUGGCACCACCACCAGCGGAUGUCGUCUGGAAGAACACGUAUCUCUCUCGCAAUCAUCGAAUGAUACGGUCCUGGACGAUCAUGAUCCUGAUCGGCCUGUUAACAAUUUUCUGGGCGGCGGCGCUGGCCCCUCUGGCUGGUUUGCUGAGUAUCGAGGUCAUCGAUAAAGUUCUUCCGGGGCUGGCUGCGGCUCUUGAGGAACACGAGAUCAUUCGAUCACUUGUACAAACAGGUCUGCCAACGUUGUUGUUCUCGCUGUUGGCUCUGGCUGUUCCAUACCUGUACGAUUGGCUCGCAAACCAGCAAGGCAUGGUGUCGCAAGGAGAUGUCGAAUUAUCUGUCAUUUCGAAGAACUUCUUCUUCACUUUCUUCAACCUUUUCAUCGUCUUUACCAUCUGGGGCUCGGCUUCCACAUUCUACGAAUUCUGGCAAGACCUUCAAGACAUACUUCGCGACACCGCCGGGAUCGCCUAUGCUGUGGCAAAAGCGCUAGAACAGUUGUCGCCUUUCUACAUCAACCUCAUUGUUCUCCAAGGAUUCGGCUUGUUCCCUUUCAGACUUCUGGAAUUCGGCUCCGUGGCUCUGUAUCCCUUCUACCUCAUCACCGCAAAGACACCUCGGGAUUAUGCAGAGUUGGCCAAGCCCCCGAUCUUCAGCUACGGGUUCUAUCUCCCACAGACGAUGCUCAUCUUCAUCAUUUGUAUCGUUUACAGCGUACUUCCGUCGUCAUGGAUGAUCACGUUAUUCGGCUUAAUCUAUUUUCUUAUUGGUGGCUUCAUCUACAAGUACCAAUUGCUUUACGCCAUGGAACACCGCCAACAUUCCACCGGUCGGGCAUGGCCCAUGAUUUGCGACCGGAUCGUUACUGGCUUGAUCCUCUUCCAGGUCGCGAUGACCGGUAUCCUGGCAUUGCGAGGGGCCUUGACUGCGUCCUUGCUUCUUUCGCCCCUACUCGCCAUCACUGUCUGGUUCACCUUGUAUUUCCAUCGGACUUAUGUUCCUUUGAUGAAAUUCAUAGCGCUUCGAAGCAUUGAUCGCGGGAAUAUCCUAGAUCUUCCAACGCCUCCGGAGUCGACAUGGGACAGAGAUACCGACUAUGGAAGACACGUUGAUACGGACCCCGAGACUGGACUUCGAUAUAUCAACCCAAACCUCGUGCGACCUCUAGAGCCCUUGUGGGUAAGGCAGCCUGCUCACGGCGGCUCUCAGAGUCGGUAG